CCCCAUCUGAGCAUUCCAGACACACUCAGUGGAGCUGACACGGAGAAGACACCAGCUGUAAAUGUCGCUCAGGGAUUUACUUAACAAAUGCUUUUGCAAAUGCUCGAGUUUCACUUUUGUUUUAUGUGGGAUGCACGUCAUUUACAGAAAUAGUUUAAUUUGUUUAUCAGCCCCGUCGAGUUAGCAAUAACUGAGUUUAAUGCUCCAUUUUGUCUAAGUAAAUCUCUAAGAAACAAAAGGACAUUUAUGAUGAUGUGUAUCUGCGGCAGAUAUCUGUAAAAGCGACUUGGACGAAAUCGAGCCAUUUUACUUUCUUGUUUUUCUUUUUUGGGGGGUGUUUUUCUUAUCCCUAAAUCGAAGCACCACUUCGCAAAACGUUUUAAUCCCACCACCAUCGUCGGUUUAUCCAUUUCAUCUUCAUUUUGUCACCGGCACCAUGCUGCCUAGUGUACGCCGGCACAGCCUCCGCCUGCAGACAGAGCUCCACAGGUGGAGCAUCUGCGAGCCCAGCAGCCACCUGCGUACAGACAGCCUCCUGUCCCGGUUCCCCGCCUGCAUCUCCAGCUCCAAGUCCUGCACCAGCUCCGCCGGGGAGUUGGACGGGAGCCGCGGGAGCUGGUCGUCCUCAGACUCGGUCAUCUCCACCGACUCUGCCGGGGAGAAGGCGGAACCCGGGCGCCCGUACCGGGUGGUGCUGUUAGGGGCCAGCGGGGUCGGAAAAACGGCCUUCGCCAGCAUCUUCGCCGGGGCAGCGGACAGCAUGGACAGUGAUGACUGCGAGCUGUGUGGAGAUGAAAUGUGUGAAAAGGAAAUUGAAGUUGACGGAGAGCCUGCAACUAUAAUUCUGCUUGACACGUGGGAUGCAGAGACUGACAAUGAAUGGGUCCAGGAGCACUGCAUCCAGACAGGUGAUGCAUACCUGUUGCUGUACUCCGUAACUGACCAGGCCUCCUUCCUUCGAGCCUCAGAGCUCCGGAUAACCCUGCGGCGCUUCCGUCCUGCCCAGCACACACCUAUCAUCCUGGUGGGGAACAAAUGUGACCUGGUGCGACGCAGAGAGGUGUCAGUCAACGAGGGUCGUGCCUGUGCUGCUGUGUUUGACUGCAAGUUUAUCGAAACCUCAGCCGCCAUGCAGCACAACAUCUGGGAGGCUUUUCACGGCAUGGUGCGACAGCUGCGACUACGCCGAGACUCCAAAGAAGCCAACAAGCGACGCAUGCACAUAAACACACGCCGCAAGAGUCUACCUAUGAAGGCCAAGCGUUUCCUCGACAAGGUGGUGGCAAAGAAAAACCCCAGUGUGGCAUUUUGGCUGAAAUCUAAGUCCUGCCAUGAUCUCUCUGUGCUGUAGAAGCCUGUUUUAAACUCUGGUCAAACCUUUGAUCAGCCAAAUAAGUUACAGGCUGGAAAAGAGAAUAUGUGGCCAUGGACUGAAGAGAAGUCUGCUUCUGAAGGGCUCAAAGUUGAAUGGUUCAAACCUUGGUGUGUUCCACUGACCCAGCAUUUUGUACAUGAGAGGUGUUUGCAACAUUUCUGCACCACCGUCCAUAUGUUGCAGUCUAAACCAAACUGAGUGGGCUGAGCUCAGCCUCUUUAGUGGACUGGACAAUCGGCAAAUGAAGUGACACAAAGACUUGUCGUAUCUGUGUGGCAUAAACGUAGAUCAACUGAUAGAAACUGAGAGAAAGAUGGGAUGUUUCUGUGUUGAACAAAUACAUUAAUAUUUUUCUGUCCUGUCUUCUCUCUUUCCUCUUUCUUUUGCUCUCAUUCCUGCCCAUAUGUGUUAUCCAUCGAUCCCCCAAGUGCUAAGAUAACCAGUUGUAAGCUAUUGUAUAUAAGUAUGAUUUCCAUGAUGAUUAUUCAGUUGUCAGUUAAUUUGUAAUGUGUUUUUUUCACUCACUGUAAAUAUAUAACAGAUGCUGUACUGCAUUUUGCUACUUGUGUGUUUCAGUGUUGCUUGUUAAUAAAGUGACAUCAUCUGAUUUUUUUUGUCUGUCGCCACAUGUUACUAAUGAGAUAUUAAAAUGGGUGACUCAGCUCUGACACAAAAGACACACUUAAGCAAACCCUGACACAACUGAGCUGAUAAAAGAUGAGUCAGGUGGCAUUAAAACUGAACUUUCAGAAACUAAAUUAGUUGUGUGUGUGCAUCUGUGAUGUGUGAGCACAGCGAUUGGACUGCUCAGAGCUUUGAACAUCAUUCUCCCAAACUCAGUUUUGUUGCAAAAACGGUUAAAUAUGUUGCCACGGUAACAUUCAGAGGAGCCCAGGAAGUGUGAGAGAGCAGCAGGCAGAUGGUGUUCGUGCACGUUGGCAAGAAUAUCUACCACAAGGCAGAGCAGCAU